ACCGAGCAUAUACUCUCGUGGUCUCUCUGGAUUGCGCAGCCAUCUAGAUUUUUGUAGGCAGUACGGGUUCCAACUACUAUUGAGCUAAUCUUGGUCAGGAGUACAGGCAGGAGAUUCAGUCUGACAGCUAAGCUUUCCAGCACACAUCAACACCAUACGUUUGCGAAUUCAGCGGUUACAACUCAACUUCAACCUUUCGCCAUGGCGAAGUUCGCCAAACAAAUGUUUUCGGUGCUCGUUCUCCUCUCCCUCGUCUGCUUCUCGCAUCUCCCCCUCGCAUCCGCCGGCGCACCCAAACGCGUCGCUCGCACGCGACAGGCGCACGGUGAAUUCCGUCGUCAGCGCCAGCUGGCAGAAAAGCAGGACGGCGGCGCCUCGGCCCAGGGCCAAGAGAUUCCGAUUAAGUACUGGGGCGGGCCCGUGAUGACCGGAAACCCUUCCGUGAACGUGUACAUAAUCUACUACGGCAGCUGGCCGGCUGGGUCGGGGCAGGGCGUGAUUGGAAACUUUAUUCGGUCGCUGAGUGCGGAUUCGGGCCAGCAGGGGUCGGCGGCGGAUCCCAAGGUGAAGCAUUGGUGGGCGAUCAACGCGCCGUACUCUCAGGAGGCGGAUGGCGAGAUGAAGAAUGUCAGUAGAAAGGUGCGACUAGCCGGGAUUGCGUACGAUGACUACUCGGUGGGAGACAGUUUCGAAGACGGAACCGCUUGGGAAGUUGUUUCAAGCAAGAUCGGCGACGGAAAGGAGUUUCCGUAUGACCCCCAUGGCAUCUACUUGCUUCUCAUCAGCAAGGAUGUUUCCGACCCCGGAUUCUGUACCAAAUACUGCGGAUGGCACACUAUGGGUUUUAUCGAGUCGGACGCGGUGAUAUACUCGUUAGUGGGUCAUCCCGGGCAAUGCCCGGCCUGCGGGACACGGAGCACGUCGCCCAACGGGAAGCCUGCAAUCGAUGCGAUGCUUUCGACCAUCGCGCACGAGAUCGCAGAGGCCGCGACCGACCCCGACGUUGAGAGCGGAUGGUUCGACGAUGAGGGCGAGGAGAACGCGGACAAGUGCGCGUGGAGUUUCGGCGCCACGAAAACGUGUCGCGACAAUCGCGGCAAGACGUACGAGUACAAUCUGGUCGGGAUGAAGGGCAUGCGGUUUCUGAUCCAGCAGAACUGGGACGUGCUGACGAACACGUGCGUGAUGCAGAGGAAGUAAUAGGGAGAGGAGGAAUGGCGAAACGCGGACGGCGUGCCUCGCCUCAACGCCCAAGUGUAGAGCUGCACUGCGCGUGCGCAUGAUUUAGAUGAGCAGGAUCGAGUGGAGGGUGCGGUCAUCGUCAGGCUCUGAAUCUGAUCCUAGGAAAUUUCUGCUGAAAUCCCGCCAUGAAGAUUAUUAUAAUAUUUACACGGAGUUUACCAUGUAAG